AUGCCCCGAAAACGACUCUUCAUCACCGGCGCAAGCGGCUACCUAGGUACCGUCAUCACCACCCUCGCCAUUAAAGAACACUACUCCGUCUUCGGCCUCUCCCGCACCGAAGACUCUGACCGAAAACUUGAAAUCCUCGGCGCAGUCCCCGUCCGCGGCGACCUCACCUCCCUAGAUGUUCUGCGCCGGGAAGCAGCCGCUUCGGAUGGCGUGAUCCACCUCGCUACUUCAUAUACAUUCGGCGAACCAACCUAUGAUGUCGCUCUUCCCAUCGACACUGCCGCCGUGGAUGCCAUUGUCGCUGGACUAGCGGGCUCUUCGAAACCCUUGAUCGUCACGGCUGGUACAUUGCAGGUCGUGCCGGAUGCUGAGGGCAGGGAAACAGACGAGUCUGCUCCUGUGAAUGUAAAAACUACAUUCAAGAGACAUCUGGUUGAGACACAUGCUCUUUCACUUGUCGACAAGGGCGUAAGGGUAAGUAGUAUCCGACUGGCGCCAUAUGUGUAUGGUUGUGGAGGAAGCGGCGUGGCUCGCAUGAUGGGGAUGGGCGUCAAGAUGGGGGGACUGGUGACGGUGGAUGGAGGACGGAACCGCACUACGACAGUUCAUGUUGAUGAUGCCGCGAGGUUGUAUUUGCUUGCGUUGGAGGGAAGUAAGGGAGGAGAGGUGUUUAAUGCGAGUGCUGAUACGGAUGUUACGGCGGCAGAGUUGUAUAAGACGAUUGGGGAGGCGGUGGGCGUUCCGGUGCGGGAUAUGUCGUUUGAUGAGGCUAAAGAGGUAAUGGGAGAGAUGGUGACUUGGUUUUUGGGGGCAGAGAAUAGGGCUUCGGGGGAGAAGGCGAGGAGGCUUUUGGGGUGGGAAGUUGGGGAGAUGGGGAUAUUGGAUGAGAUUAAGAGGGGGUCGUAUCGGGAGGUUGCUGAGGGGUUGGCUAAGGGGAAGGGAUCUGCUUGA